AACUGGAAAUCCAGAGCUGCGAGUUCAAUCAGGGUGAGCAAUUGAAUGCACUCAAUGUGAUAAAUAUUAAUCAGUGAAUUUGAAGGCUGCUCAGAAGUCAAAAUAGCAUCCCAAGUUUAUUAGGAACUUUUAAAUGGAAGAAUAUCACUCUGUCAACAGUCCUAGAAGAAUCCUUAGUCUUUCAAAGAGGAGAGCAACUGUAUCAUUCUUGGAUCCAGAUGACAAGGCUUCUGGGUUCGGAUUGUCUGGAGAGCAUGGUCCCAAGCCUUCUGAAGUUUAUGGGUUUGUAGGGUCCAUCACAACUGUUAUUGCAACAGUCAUUUUCUUGGUAUGGGCUUAUGUUCCUGAACCUUGGCUACAUUCAAUUGGGAUCUUUGAUUAUCCAAGCAGAUAUUGGGCAUUAGCAAUACCAACAUAUGUUAUGGUAAUAAUAGUGCUUGCUAUUGGAUUUUACGUGGGUCUCAACUUCAUGUCAACCCCUCCACCAACUUCGUUAAAUACAAUAUUUGAUGAAUUUAGCAGAGAACCUUCAAGGUUCCAGCCUCAAAUGGAGGGAGAGGAGCAGCCAAUUGAGCCCAUCUCGGAUAUUAGCGUCAACAAGAUCAAUUUUCUCAUGUUCAAUCAUCAAUGAGAAUAAUACAAGACUUUAUAAUAGGCAAAGGUUUCACACCACACCAAACAUGACUACAGUUUUAUUUUGUAUGUU